CCGGUGAGGCCGGGCGGCCGGGCGGCCGCGGCGUGCGGAGCCGGAGCCCUCCUCCGCCGGUUCCCUCGGCGCCUCCAGUCCUCACCUCCGCGGCGGGCUCGCAGGGCCUGGAGAGCUGGCGGCUUGGGGUCCGAGCGGUAACCUCCGGUCUGCCCUUGAGGUCGCCGCUGGGCGAGGGGUCGAGCCUCCAGCUUCCAGUGAUGGAGUACCCAGUGAUGGAAGUUGACUCUGGAAUUAAGAGACGAGUGAAAGACAGAAUUACAAAGACGAAGUUGAAUGUUUCUCUUGCUUCAAAAAUCAGAACAAAAAUAUUAAACAAUUCUUCUAUUUUCAAGAUCUCUCUAAAGCAUAACAACAGAGCAUUAGCUCGGGCUCUAAGUAGAGAGAAAGAGAAUUCUCGAAGAAUUACUACCGAAAAGAUGCUAUUACAAAAAGAAGUUGAGAAACUGAAUUUUGAGAAUACCUUUCUUCGCCUAAAGCUAAAUAACUUGAAUAAGAAGCUUAUAGAAAUAGAAUCCCUUGUGAACAAUAAUUUGAUAACUGCGAUUGAAAUGAGCAGUCUUUCUGAGUUCCAUCAAGGCUCCUUUCUCCUGUCAGCAGGCAAGAGGAAAAGGAUCAGUAAACAGUGCAAGUCCGUGCACCUGCCGUUUGCAAGGGUUCCAUUAACUUCAGAAAAUGAUGAUGAUGAUGAUGAUGAUGAUGAUGAUGGUAAAUGGAAAACAAAGUGUAACAACAGAAUUACAUCAAAGACAUCACCUGAUAUUACCUCUUCGGUAUCAAGACAAUCUUUGUCCCUACAGCAGUGUACUUUGGAAGUAUUACUUCCUAAGGAAGAUAACCAGAAUAUAUGUGCCUCAGGUUAUUCAGAACAUACUUCUAGUGUUGAUGUACUUCCUAAAGAAAGCCAUUAUGACUCAGAUCAAAGUCCUAAGAAUUCUCUAAGUGAGAUGAAAACUGUCCCAUCUACCAGCCUCAGAAGGGAAAAGCCAUCACUUAAUAAUGUGACUGAGAGGAGGAAGCGUGGGUCUUCUCCUGCAGAGAAUCUGUAUGUGACAGAUUUAGAUCACCAACAGAUUUCAGGUCCAGGAUUCAGUUGGAAUAAUGAGAUAAACGGUCGUGCUAGUGAAACCAGUAGUCAAAUACAAAACCAUCCACAGUGUUUUCCGAACUUACCUUCUGCGUCUGCCAGCGCCCCCAGUGCAAAGCACAUGGAGAUAGUGCAGGACACUGAUGACUUGCAGUUACAGAAAACUGUGUGCGAAAAUGCUGACAUGGAUUUAACUGCUAGUGAAGUAAGCAAAAUCAUUACAAUCUCAAAAAGCAAUAAAAAUCAAAGUAAGAAAAAGACAGAUUGUGGAAAGGAAACUUUCAGAAAAGUGAAAGAUCCAAGCUCUGAAAAAAGGAGAGAAAGAUCAAAGAAAAAAUGUAAAGGUAGUUCAGAAAUGGGUGCCGAGGAAAAGAUUGAAAACAAACUAGAAAGAGGCUCUGUUGUCCUAGAUGACAGAGAGGAUUCAGAAGAUCCAAAUUGUAUUCCCGAUACUGAACAGCCACCUCAGGCAAACGUGCUGAAGAAAAUAACCCUCCAGAGCAGCGUGGAGCAAGAGAACAUACAAACUAAGAAGAGGAAACAAACACAUACGACAGACGAGCAAGAAGAAACAUACCCUUUCUCUCAACGUUCAGUCCAACUCCUUCAAGACAGUAAAUUGGAUCAGUGUCAGAACGCCCUAUAUUGUAAUAGAAGUAAACCUUCUCGGCAGACAUUUGUGAUUCAUAAAUCAGAAAAAGAUAACUUAUUUCCAAGCCAAAAGGAUGAAGAGACCAGUUCUGGAAACCUACAAGUUGCAAAUGAAUUUCAUAUAGCUGAUCUUUCCACCAAAAAUAAUGAAAAUGUAUGUGACUAUGAGACCCAGACUAUGUUGGACUUGAAAAAGUUUGUCAAUGCUCAACAAAAUCAAUCAAAAAUAGAUAAGCCUAAGCAGAAAAUAAACCGGAGGACAAAAAUAAUUUCUAGUAUGAACCAAAUAUAUGAGGAUAAUGAUAAAGAUAUUCAUGUUCUAGAAAAGGCUAACUUUCCCCUCCAAACCCAAGUGACUAAAGAGACCACCUAUGGAAACAUAGAAGCUUCAAAAGAAUUUGAAGGACCUUCACUUUUCACAAGAAACAAUGGAAACUUACGUGACUAUAAGACCCAGAAUAUUCUGGAUUUGCAUAAGCAGAUCACUAGUAUACACCCUGCUCAGAAUGAGUCCCAAAUUAGCAAGAUUCCUAGGCAGAAAGUAAAUCGCAAGACAGAAAUAAUCUCUGGAGUGAAUCGUUUUAGUAAUGACAGAGGUGUUCAUUGUUCAGAAAAGGACGAGGCUUUCUUACCUCAAAAGGAUAAGGACAUCCCUGGAACCUUUAAAGACUUAAGUGAGUUUGAGAUGCCUGCUCUUUGUGACAAAGAUAGCACAAAGUUGGGUGAUUAUACGACUCAGACGUUCCCUAAUAUGCAACCUGCUUGUCACGAUUCAAAAGUAGGUAAGAAGCCCAGACAAAAGGUAUAUCGAAAGACAGAAAUAAUUUCUAAAAUCAACCAAAUACAUGAAAAUGAUGGAGGAAGUGUACAUGACCCAUUAAAUAAGGAGCUCUGUCAGAAGGUUAAUAAAUCAGAAAGUAUUUCCCAAACGAACCACAUAUAUGAGAAUAUUAAUGAAGAUGUGAAUGCCUUUCAGAGCUAUCUCAAAGAUCAAAAUGUUAUGAAUUGCUACUGUGGAGAAAUCAAUAGUAAUAAAGAGGAAAAUUGUGAUUCAAUUCCAGAUCCUUGCGAACUAGUUAAAAAACAAAGGAAAGAAUUACCAGGUAGAGCAGAGAACAUUUUGACAGGCGAUAAGAACAAACGUAUUUUGCAGUUAACAGAUUCUCCACAGAAGUCUGUCACCUUAGAAUCUGGAUUGCACCAUGAUACUAAUGAAGUAGAUUCUGGUCCUGGAGAACCAGGUAACCUGUCAAAAAGCCAGAAACAAAACACUGUGGGUUCACUGGAAGAUGCCUUCUCUGUGGGUGUGGCCAAAGGAGGAAACCACCCAGCCAAAAGAGAUAAUAAAUUGACAUCCAAAUCAAAGAAAAGAAAGACCCCCCUAGAUCUUUCUUCAGAUACCCAUGGGGUUUUGACAGGUGAUAUGAACAAAGGUAUUUUGCAGUUAAUAGAUUCUCCACAGAAGUCUGUCACCUUAGAAUCUGGAUUGCACCAUGAUACUAAUGAAGUAGAUUCUGGUCCUGGAGAACCAGCUAACUUGUCAAAAAGCCAGAAACAAAGCACUGUGGGUUCACUGGAAGAUGCCUUCUCUGUGGGUAUGGCCAAAGGAGGAAACCGCCCAGCCAAAAGAGAUAAUAAACUGACAUCCAAAUCAAAGAAAAGAAAGACCCCCCUAGAUCUUUCUUCAGAUACCCAUGGAGCGGUGGAAAUAACACCCAACACUGACCACACACAGUCAGUUGACUCCCAACAGACUGAUAAGGAAAACUAUUUGGAGAAUGAAAAAAUUGCCAAGAGUAAACCAGACUUUUACACAAAGGUGUUGAAACCUUUAUCUCAGAUACGUUCACCUAAUAUAAAGAAUUCUUCCUUGGACAAUAUGUGUGAGAGUUCAGUACCACUGAGUAUUUCUUCUAGUAAAAAUCUGAUGAUGGAAGAAAAUUCUUCCCUGGAGAGUGUGUGCAUCUUUCCAGUAGGUGAUGGUGCUGAUGGAAAGAUAAAGGAGAGGUCUCAGAAGAGCUGCCGCAGAACACAGAAGUCGGGAAUAGGUAGAGAACCGUUCCAGGACUUGGUGGGUAGCAGCAGUUCUGUUCCAAGUAACACCGCUGACCCUGAGAGUGAGUCGGAAGUGCCGCCUGCAAAGCUGCCCAGAAGGAAGAGACAGUGCACGCCCCUCAACCUGCGGGAGCCCAACCUCGUGAGCAAGAUGAGAAGGUGAAGUAGAUAUGGAUCCUAGUUUUUCUGAGUUCUCAAAGCACCAAAAGAACAGAAGCAUAAUUAGGAUCAAGACGUGAAACAUGAAGUAUUCUGUUUUGGUUUUUACAUGAAGACGUUUUCUGUUUUUUAUUUUGGGGGGCUCUCAUGGAUUAUUGCUUUGUCUAUUCUUACAUUGAGGUGUAUGUGCACGAAAUAGCCAUAUUUCAAAUAGCAAACUUUUUUAAAAAAA